AUGUCCGCCGCACGAGACCAAAGCCCUCUAUUCCGCUUUCCUGACGCCGAUGUUGUCCUUCUGUCCGGAGGCUCAGACGCAACCACAGAAUUUCAUGUUCACCGACGUGUCCUCUCCCUCGCUUCGCCCUUCUUCCGAGACAUGUUUUCCCUACCACAGGACCCAUCUAAGCCCAACGACAUCCCCAGAAUUCCAGUUGCAGAGCCAGCACCCGUCCUAGAGAAGCUACUCCAGCUCGUCUAUCCCAUGGCUGACCCUGUUUUGACGUCACUGGAGGAGCUCAAGGACGUCCUGGGCGUGGCUGUCAAAUACGACUUCGAGGGGGCAGUAUCCAUGCUACGCGCAUGGCUCAUUACACCACAGUUCCUACACUCGGCACCUGUAAGGGUGUACGCCAUCGCGUGUCGAUACGAGCUAGAAGACGAAGCCAAAGUCGCGUCCCGGUACACGCUCGGCGUCAACCUUUUGGACGUCCCAUUGUCGGACGAACUGAAAUGGAUAUCGGCGUACCACUAUCACCAACUCUUGGUCCUGCACAAACGCCGAGCACAAGCUGCUCUUGGGUAUUUGAAGGACGUGAAGGGGGAUUUGAAGUGCAUGCAGUGCAACGGAUCGAAUUUCCAUCUGCAGCUUCCUACACCUCCGAAAUGGUGGACGGAAUACGAAGCGAGGGCGAGGGAGGAGUUGUCGCUUAGACCCACGACGGAUGUCAUUUUCAGACUCGACUUCCUAUACAAGGCGGCAGCGAAGGGAGGGUGCCCGCGGUGCCCUGGCAGUGUCCUAGAGUCCUGGAAGUUCUUGAUGGACUUGAAGAACGCCAUUGACGAUUUGCCUUCAACUAUUUGA